GUCAUGGACCAUCAUUAUAAUCUUCACCGGUCACCCGCAGGUGGUCCGCGAUUGUUUUACGAAAGACCUUGAAUCGAGGAUCAAGGGGAUAUCCGGAAACAAUAUCCUGUUUGAAAAGAUAAUUUAAACGUGAGCUUAAAUAGUGCGGGUGGUCAAAUCAAAUUAAUUGAUUAAAAAAGAAAACAGCCAAACCCAGAAAAAAAAAGAAUCAAAUACCGACGCGAUUUUCCUUUUUCUCUUUCAAAUUGACCUUUUUUUUCGUGAAUAAUUAACGGGAAAAAAAUAAAUAGACGGUAAAUGGUACGGUACUAUAAACCUUGUACCGGACGAGUGAAAACUCAUGAAUAAGUGAAAAAUUCUAGUUACAAUAUUUGGAUUCAUAUGUACGACUAAUUCUCGUGCGCGCAAUUUAAUUCAAAAUGUAAAUGAAGUUUGAAUACUCGUAUAUGAGAAAAUAUAAAAUAUCGUCACGGUUACGAUGAGGAAAGAAGAACCUUACAUUUUUCGACGUCGAGAAAAUAUAUAACGGCGUGAUAUCCUCACCGUAGGUUUUUCCCAAUAGGAUUAAAUAAAAAGAGUUCGAUACUUCAAAGAUGAAUGUGUCUUACUCGCUGGUAUUCUUGUUCCUUUUCGUGAUGCUCGGUGAAAUUAUCACGAUGUUAGAAGCGUACAAAUCGAUCAGACCGUACAAACAUUAUCGCCCGAGAUAUCCCCAUAAACCACGAUGGCGACCUGGUCCCAGACCCAAGUGGCAUCCGCAUCACAGGAGACCGCCGACGCGACAUUAUCCCCGUUACAAGCCAAAAUAUCCCAGACAUCGUCCUAUCGCACAUUACGAAAAUGGCAUAGACUACGCGUCCGACGAACAUCCUUACACGAUCGAAAUCGAAUUGCCGAGACGUCAUGGCGAAUUAUCGGGGAAAUAUAAUCAACAUAUUUACGACAAAAGGGGUUACAACAAAGGUGAGGUCUACGAUGAACCGGAAUACGACGAUUACCUAGAAGAAGAAUAUGGAGAUGAACAGGACAGAGUAAUACGAACGGGAAAGAAGAAAGUACGAAUAAAGGUAAUCAGAGGAUUGAAACCCAAACUGAAUAUCCGAAUAUCCCGGGUGGACGACGUGAAAGCGAACGCAACUGAAUCUCGCCAAGUUCUUCAACCGCAGAUAUCGACCAACCUUGACGAACUCGAUACCGAAUUGGACGAAGUCUGGGUACCGCCGAAUCCCAGACCUUCUUAUCCCGUUCACCUCAGAGGAGCGUAGUGCAGGUACAUGUACUUUUCCAUGUUUCGGUCACCCUCGGAAUCGACAAAUAAAAUAAAAUAUUUUGUAAUAUUUAUGUCAUCGGAAUAGAGUAAAUACACAAAAAAAAGAAAAAAACAAAUCGAGAA